UAAAAUGGCGCGCUACAUGCAGAAAUGAAUGAAGUUGAUAGUCAACAUCCGUUUACGAAAUAACGAGUUUCCAUAGCUUCAACCCCCAAACAGGUCAGCAGAGUCCUCAUAUUAUAUCGGAUUUGUGAUUAAAACCAGGAAUAACAAAGAGGAUAAACUCUGAAUAACUGAUUUCUCCUGGAGGAACAGCGACGAUAAUAAAGAUGUCAAAGCGGAGAGCAGGAGUUGAACUCACCCAUGAUAACUGGGACCAAGACGAAGAAGUGGUUGAAGAAGCUGGUACGUUUGCUGUUGCGGAUAAUGAGACCUUAUCGCGCCGACCGAUGAUCAAAGCUAAAAGGAGAGUCAAAGGGCAACAGCAGGAAAAGGAAACAAUCUUGCCACCAGCACAGACCCCAUUCGCUGCAUUCAAAGGAUUCUCAGGGUUUGGUGCUUCCACGCAGAGCUCAUCAACGCCAUCCGCUUCGUUCGGCUCCAAACCCGCUUCAUUCAGCUCCAAACCUGAUUCAUCCGCUUCGUUCGGCUCCAAACCCGCUUCAUUCAGCUCCAAACCGGAUUCAUCCGCUUCGUUCGGCUCCAAACCCGCUUCAUUCAGCUCCAAACCGGAUUCAUCCGCAUCGUUCGGCUCCAACUCGCUUUCAUUUGGCUCCAAACCGGUCUCUUCUGCUUCAUUCGGCUCCAAACCGGAUUCAUCCGCUUCCACCGGUGAACCCCAAACAAAGAAAACUGUCACAUUCGAGUCUGCACCCUCAUCGGCAUCCACGUUCAGUUUCAAAGCCAGCACGGACUCGCAACCAUCCACAAACAUGUUUACGUUAGGCAAAACAGACACGGACUCCAAAAGCUCGUCAAACGGGAGCGUUUUCUCUGCGAAGUCGGAGAACGGGAGCAAAGAUGUGGAUGCGUACGCCGAUGAAAUUACGGCGUUGAACCGUUCGGUUAGUGCGUGGAUACAGAAGCACGUUGAGGGGAACCCUGUAUGUGACUUGACACCGAUUUUUGAGGAUUAUAAAAAGCACUUGGGCGAGAUUGAAGAGAAGCAAGCAAAGAGGAAAGAAAGCAAAGGAGGGGAGCAGAAGGACACGAAAGUACAGUUUGGAAUGGGUGCCGCCGAGCAAGAAAAGUCUUCCAGUACGACAGCAGCUGCAUUUACAGGAUUCAAGUUUGGUGGGAAACCGGCAGCAACGGAAAGUGAGAAGGCACCUUCAGCUCCGAAAACCGGCUUCAGUUUUGGCGAUAAGUCCUCCUCGGAGACGAAAGGUUUAAGCUUCGGGACAUCGUCUUCGUUGUCAUCGUCCUCAUCCAUACUGGGAUCGACUACGCCCAAAUUUUCUUUUGGAACUAUGCCCAAACCAGCCUCCUCAAGCCAAGACGAGAAAGAAAAAGAGGAAGAAGAAUCAGACGAGCCACCAAAGGUCGAAGUUAAAGUGAUUGAGGAGAAGGAUGCCCUCUAUUCCACGAGAUGUAAGGUAUUCUACAAGAAAGGCUCCGAGUUCAAAGAGAGGGGCGUCGGGAUGCUGCACGUCAAAGCUGCGGGAGGAACCGCUCAGCUUCUUAUCAGAGCAGAUACUACACUCGGAAACAUCAUCUUGAACAUCGGCGUGGUAUCCAGCAUGCUAUCACAGGUGACCAAACAAGGAAAGAACAAGAACAGCAUCAUGCUACUCUCUCCUCUAAAUCCUCCGGCCGAGAAGAAAUGUCCCAAGUGCAACAAGAACUAUCUAAACCCCCAAGAGAGUACCGCCUGCGAGGAAGGCUGCGCCCCGACGCCUACCCCGCUCCUGCUUCGCGUCAAGACCGAGGCGGAUGCUGACAAACUGAUUGAACAGCUCAAGAAGAUUUGUGAAGACAAGUAAUGACCAAGAACAUUUUUUAAGAUAAGUAAUGACCAUAACGCGUCUCCUGCUUUGCGCCAAGAUCGAGGCGAACGUGGACAAAUUGUUCAAAGAACUCCAGAAGAUUUGUGAAGAUACGUAACGACAAUUGUCAUACCAGCCCCUCUCCUGCUUUGUGCCAAGACUAAGGCAGAUGCUGCCAAACUGAUCAAAGUGCUCAAGAAGAUUUGUGAAUAUACGAAAUGAUUUAUGAUACCGACCCGUCUCCUGCUUUGCUUCAAGUCUAAGGAGACACAGAUAAAAUUGAAGAGCUAUAGAAGAUUUGCAAAUAUAAGUAAUGACCAUAUGAUACCUACCCCUAUCCUACUUUGCGCCAAGACUGAGGCAAACGCAGACAAAGUGAUCAAAGAAUUCCAGAAGAUUUGUGAAGUAAUGACCAUUUUGAUACCAACCCAUCUCCUGCUUCGCAUAAAGACUGAGACAGCCACCAACAAACUAACCGCAGAGCUCAAUAAAUUUUGUGAAGAUAAGUUAUGACCAUUACGAUACCAAACCCUCCCCCGCUCCAUGUCAAAACCGAGGAAGACGCUGACAUAGGAAUUGAAGAGCUGUAAAAGAUCUAUGAAGAUUAGCUAUCAGGAUUUGCCGGUCUUUUGGCUUUGUGAGAUAAUGGUGGAUGUGA